AUGUCUUCUAGUCAUUUAAGCCCGAGCCAUCCGCCAGAUUCAUUUCGCAUCAAGCGGAAGCCCCUGUCAAACCCGAACUUGCGAGCUACAGCCCAUGCCGAUCAGCGGGAGGCGACAGCUUAUGCUGCUAGUACCCCGUCCCUUGUACCCCCAUCAUCACAGCCCCCAUCAUAUACGGACCUUUAUGGGACGCCACCUUCCAGGCCUGUAACUCCAGGCUCACUGCCACGACCAAGGACAGCGGGGCCAACCUCAUCUCCGGCUCCUCCGACGCCUGUUCAGAAGGCAUACAGCGAAGCUAGGUAUUUCCUCACUGGUCUGAUCAAUCGUCCAACGGAAUCAAACAAGCAUGUCACCAUUUUGCGACAUUCCCAUGGACUGGUCUUCUACCGUGGGCCCACUACAUCGGUCGCUAUAUCAAUUUUCUCUGAUGCCCCUUUACCUCCCGAACACACCUUGUGGUUGCAGAGUAAAGGUUGGACCGGGAAGACCGGAAUGCAAUUCAAGUCAUUCCUCAAUCUCCGAGAUAGCUGGCUGGAUGUGACUCCGGGUAUGCCGCUGAGGGCCGACCAGGUGACUCCGGAUGAUGAACGAGCUUGGCAACGCGACAUCAAGAAAUUUCGAAAGAAGGCCCCGCCACGUCCGCGCGAUACACAUAAGCUACGCGAGACGGCCGUUGUACGGAUUCCAGCCGAAGCAGGCGAUGGAUAUUUCCAGCUAGUUCUCUGCCAAGGAGUCAAGAAGAAGGUGCUUGGCAAUAGCCCCGUGUUCCGGGUGCUCUCUGCAUCCACUGCCCCUAGCUCUAUCCGUGGCGCGAGCUUGAGCACGCUACCCUUGGAGGUUGGGGCUAUGGUUGUGAGCCUUUACGCCCAAACUGCAGCGCGAACCGUGGCAGGUCCGGCCGUCUCAGCCAUUCAAGCCCAAACUGCUCCGCUUCAAGCCCAAGCUGCUGCGCUUCGUCCAUCGUGGGUGACAAUGACAGCGGCCCAAAAGGCUUACACGAUGAGUGGUGUUGAGAACCGCGUGGGUGGUAUCAUCAAUGGCUCCAAGGGUCCUAUUGGACGAUCUCAAGUAAAUCUAGCAGCGCCAGAAAUAGCUGGAAGCAGCCCGGUUUCUAUCGAUGCCGGCCCCCAGUCACCGUUUCCUUUGACAUUCAAAGCUCGCUGUCAACCCGAUCAAACCUCGUACCCCAAUAACCAUGACAAUAUGCCGAAGUUAAGCUUAAUCAGAAUGCCCGACUGGGUGACGGAGCAGUUAAGGGGUUACUUCUUCGGCUGGGUUCGAUUCGACCUUGAGUCGAGCAAAGGUUGCUCGACUACUGGAUGGUACCCAGCUAUCUUGUCCGUGCGGGCAUUGGAUCCCCUCCAGGCGACGAGAGUAAAUAUGGCUCAAAUAUCGAAACGUGUGGUCGCCAUUCGCCUCCUUCAGGACGUUCCUCUCCAAACAAGCAAAAUCGAGAUUCGUGUUUUGGGAUACCUUCGCGCUGAAAUCCCACCACCCACUGGAACUACGAGCAAAGAACUCGCCGAGGCGCAAGUGGCAGCUGCCGAGGCGGCCCUGCUCGCUGAUGUGUACGACGCAUCUGUUGUACAUGAUACUCUGGCUCAUCCCGCGUGGGCAGCGGAACAUCCGGACCUUCAACAAAAUUCGAAUUGGAUUGAUCGCACGGUCGGGGGGUGUACUAGUAUCGUCAACCGAGGACAGAAGUUGGUAGAGCAAGUUCCAUUGCACCGGGUUGGGGUUCGCUCUGUCACCGAUGAGCUCAGAGAGAGCCAAAUUGCCGUACAUGGAUUUUACAUUGUCCGCUAA